UUUCUCAGGUUGCCUUUUCGCGUCGACCUCCUCACCAAUGGCGACGGGUGGCUAAAAAAAAACAGAGUCCAAGCCCGGCUCCCCGGCCCUCCUCGCCCAUGGCUCCCCUGGCCUCCCAUCCUCUCCCGUCCCGCGCUCCCACCACCGCCCCUCGCUUCCUCGCCGCCCCCGCCAUCCGGGUGCUCAGCCUGUCGCGGUCUGCGUCGCCGCUCCUCUCCGCCUCCGCAGGCCGCUUCCCUCAGGCCCCUCGCGCUCCCUGCAGUGCCGCCCGUGAGCACCGCCGCGACACCGUGCGGGAAUGCACUCGAGCUGAUGCUGCUGGACCAGCUCCAUUAUCAAAGACACUAUUAGACCUCAAGGAUUCCUGCUGGAGAUUUCUAAGGCCACAUACAAUCCGAGGAACUGCUUUAGGAUCCAUAGCAUUGGUUGCGAGAGCCUUGAUAGAGAAUUCCCAUCUGAUAAACUGGUGGUUACUAUUCAAAGCAUUCUAUGGGCUUUUAGCAUUGAUCUGUGGCAAUGGUUACAUAGUUGGGAUUAAUCAGAUCUAUGAUGUUGCUAUUGACAAGGUAAACAAGCCAUAUUUACCCAUUGCUGCCGGUGAUCUCUCAGUUGAGUCAGCAUGGUUGUUGGUGAUAUUAUUUGCAGCUGCAGGUUUUUCAAUUGUUAUAGCGAAAUUUGGACCUUUCAUUACCUCUCUAUACUGUCUUGGCCUAUUUCUUGGCACUAUAUAUUCUGUUCCUCCAUUCAGACUGAAGAGAUAUCCGGUUGCUGCUUUUCUUAUCAUUGCAACGGUUCGCGGUUUCCUUCUCAACUUUGGCGUGUACUAUGCUACUAGGGCUGCACUAGGUCUUACAUUCCAAUGGAGCUCCCCUGUUGCUUUCAUUACAUGCUUCGUGACACUAUUUGCUUUGGUCAUUGCUAUAACCAAAGAUCUCCCUGAUGUUGAAGGAGAUCGCAAGUACCAAAUAUCAACUUUGGCAACAAAGCUUGGUGUCAGAAAUAUCGCAUUCCUUGGAUCUGGUUUACUAUUAGCAAACUAUAUUGGUGCUAUUGUUGUAGCUUUUACCAUGCCUCAGGCUUUCAGGAGCACUGUAAUGGUUCCUGCGCACGCUGUCCUUGCCGCUGGUUUAAUUUUCCAGACAUGGGUUCUGGAGCAAGCGAAGUACACAAAGGAUGCUAUUUCACAGUACUACCGGUUCAUCUGGAAUCUCUUCUAUGCUGAAUAUAUCUUCUUCCCGUUAAUAUAGAGAGAUCUUGUAGUUCAGCAUGGGCUACAGUCUAAAACAUAGGAGCAAAUCAAAAUCUCGGAGAAGUUUGCAAAGUGCGGCCUUUUGUGCAUAUAAAGUGUAAAAGGUCUGUUGUGCAUACUUUCAACAGAAACAAUGGAAGAGCGAUGUUGCUCUGCUAGGGUUCUGAGGUUGUAGGAGCUUCGAAGGUUUUGCGAUGCUGAAGGCGUUGUUGGAGCUGUGGAAGCUGGUUUUUGUAUCGACACGACACUCGACAGUGUCCCGUUCUGUAUGGUCUUGAUUGAGGUCUUGCUUGGAAAGUUGGAAGUGCUUUGAGCACAUAGGUUGAAGCUUGA